AGUACUCGUCAGUACUGUUCAGACCUCUUAUUUCAUUUGACGGAAUCGUGUCGAGUGGAUAUUCAUAAUAAAUUCACUGACGUGGGCUUAUAUGUGUUGAAAUUUACAUACAUACUUAUAUUGUGCUAAAGAAACAAGAAUCAGAUGUUACAUAUUCUAAGUGAAUUUCGUCUUCAAAUCGUCUUUUAAUAAAUCGAUCUCAAUAAAUACACUUUCUAUUGAGAUUCAUAAAUUUUUAUAUAUGGAUAUAUAAACAAAUGUACAACAUUAAUGCUUAAAUCUUUCUAAGGACUUGCUAAAACAUUACAUCGCAUGUCAUCCAACGGCCUUUCUAAUACAACGAUAAUUGAAAAAAAAAAUUAUAAACAACUACAAAUUAUUAAGGAUAAACAUAUUGUAACGGCAUUAAAUGAAGUAGACUUGGUUAUGAGUUUAUCUCCAAAGGAAUUACUGAUACCUACCGCCACUUCCCAGCAUCAUCCAGUGAAUACACCUACGAAAUUAAGUACAAACGAAACAACGACACAAAAUAACGUAUCUACAGCAACCGCGGUAGCGGUUGCACAUCACCACCACAAUCUUUCGAAUAUUCACCAUCUCCAAAAUCUGCAAAGUCAUCAUCAGAAUACAAUUUUUAAUAGUAAUCACUCAACACCUUUUAGCGUGACCGAUAUCUUAAGUCCAAUUGAAGAAUCGUAUCGCAAACUGGAACUGAACGGAAACCCGCCAUCUCCGUUUCGGUCCAACUCAAGUGGUAGUAGCAUUAACUCCCCUGGAACAUUAACUACUUCAACUAUGGCCAAUCCGUACGCUAUGGGAUCGUUAUAUCAUAGCCCAGGAGUUCAAAGCUACUGCGGACCUACCGACAAUUUAUCUCUUGCUGGUCACUAUACUGACAUGAGAAGUUCAGCAUCAUGGUACGGAUCAACAGCAAACGAUCCAAGAUUUGCAAUAUCUCGCCUCAUGAGUUCGUCAGCCAGUGGGACCAUGGGACAUAUGGGAAAUAUGAGUGGACUAGCAGCUUGUAGCGUUAGCGAUACAAAACCACUACAGUUUCCUUUAGCACAAAGGAGAAAACGGAGAGUUUUGUUUACGCAAGCUCAGGUGUAUGAACUUGAAAGAAGAUUUAAGCAGCAGAGGUAUCUCUCCGCCCCUGAACGAGAACACUUGGCCAGUCUUAUUCAUUUAACCCCAACACAGGUGAAGAUUUGGUUCCAGAAUCACAGAUAUAAAUGUAAAAGGCAAGCAAAAGAAAAGGCAAUGGCUGAACAAAAUCAACAUAACCAGUCUGCAAGCUCACCGAGGCGUGUUGCCGUCCCUGUACUUGUAAAGGACGGAAAGCCAUGCUCUGGAAAUAAUAACUCAACGCAAACGCAACCACACGGAAAUAGUACUACGUCAGCAGGAAAUAAUAACACUACUACCAAUAGUGGAAAUGCCAAUAGUGGAGGAGUGUCUGUAACUGCCAAUGUUUCAAGUGGUCUCAAUCUUAUAACAGGAGAUGCCCCCAACUCUCACUCGCCGGAUACAUCAACUUCUUUACUCGCUAGUUAUGGGACUGUUGGAGGUUCCAACGUUGCUAUGCUGCAGCAACCCUGCAAUAAUACUUUGAUGUCAAAUAGCUUGGCAAUGGCAUAUAGAAAUCAAAAUAAUUUUAUAUCUAAUGGACAUCAGCAGCAAUGCGGCGGAUAUUUGCCGUUACAAGGCCGAGCAUGGUAAAAAUUUUCGCUUAUCGGAUCUUUACCAGUUUUUACUUCCGAAAGAUUCAGACAAAUUAAAAUUUCUAGACCUGUUCCGAGACUUUUUUCCGAAAGAUCAGCAUGAAUUUGAAAAUCCCUAUCUCGUUUGACUUUCAAAAAAGCAUUCGGUUACCGGAUUUGAAUACACCAGUUUAAAAAUUCAGUGAUUACGAAUGUUUUGCGAUGUAUUUAAAGGCAAAUAAUAUUUGUAAUACAUUCCUUAAUGUCCAGGGUUCGUAAACAUCACUCACUUUUAAUAUGCCCCAAAAAUCAUUUCAAUCAUUAUCAAGUAUUAUACAAUUUGUAUAGUUAUUUUCCGAAUCCUGUAAAACAGUUGUGAUUUUUAUCAGAAAAAUAUUUAUCAGCCCUGCUUGGUUACUCCUAAUUUUAUUGUGACAAAUAUCACCGCCCUAUGUUGAAAUUAUUAUAUUUAAACAAAAUUACAGAUUGUGAGGGAUAUUUUACGAACCCUGUUAAUGUCUAAUGUUCGUUAUUACAUCGUAAGAUUUUAAAUUGUUAGCCCUUAAAAUAAUGUAAAUGCAUAUCUCUAAUGCGCAUAGACACAAAUUAAGAGCACGCCAAAAAUUAAUAAGCCCUUUGGCUAAAAAAGCUCAGGGAAAGUUUAGGCUUUAUUAAGGGACGACCGCAGCAGUCAUCUGUUUUCUUUUACGCCUAAAGGUACCUUCCCUAAAAAAUUCGUAAAAAAAUAAGGAAAAUUGUUAAAGGGAAAUACGAUUAAUGGAACUGAAUGCCCUUCGAGUAAAAACUGUUACAGGCCGGUAUAUAAUUUAACCAAGUGUACUCUAUUCGGUUAUUUAUGUAGAAGAUAUUAAAUACAAAUAAAAUUAAAUGUUAUAUCGGAUAUCAGAUUCAUUAAAUGAAAUAUACAUUUGUAGUAAGCCCUAACUUUAACGUCAAUAGUAAAUAUAUUUAAUAUGGUAUACGUGCAUAUUUACAAAAAAUUGCUCAAAAAAAUUAUAUAUAAGUGUA